AUGGUCAUACCGACUCCACCAUCAUCUCUUCUGCCCUACAAGAAAUUGCUUGAACGUUCGUACUCCCUGCUUAAAACCGGAGAACUUCGAGCUGCAGUUCAGGAGUUACCGACCUUGGAUACGUCCCAAUUUAAGACACAUGAGGAAAAACGCCUGGGUCACAAGAUCCUCGCUCUUCUCUCGGCACAGUAUGUCUGGCAAGACGGUGACAGAAACCCCGCAGAAAUCCUUCCGGCUGUCAUAGCAAUGCCGCUGAUGCAACUGUCAAUCGAACUUGGCUGUCAGCCCUUGUUGGGACACAUCGACCUCGUUCUCUCAAACUGCUACCCUGAAAAGACCCAGCUCGGACAAAGACAGUCCUUUUUCACGGAGGCAUUCCCUUCCAAUGAGAUGAAUUGGGUUCCUUUCAUCGAGAGAACAGCAGACAUCGAAUUGAUGUUCAGUGAUGCUGCUAAGAUCAUCAUGCACAUCAUCAGUUCAAUAAGGCGGAACAACGUUCCCAUGAUUGUCCAGUGCCUUGAUGAAUUGGGCGAUGUCAUCUCCAUCAUGCGCGAGAUGUUGCUGCUGCUUCUAAGUAAGUGGUCCCACGGACAGGUUUCAAAGGGUCUGGUGUACGAGGGCGUUCCAGAUAGCGUUCUAACUGGAGCCGAGGAGGGCUGUCUGGAAGGCAACACCUUGCCCAAGAAGCGCGUCUACCUUGGUGCCAGCGCCGGGCAAUCGAUAAUCUUGCAGGCCUUCGAUGCUCUCCUGGGAAUCACGCACUACGAUGGUGAGGAAUGGCGGCCUCUCUCUGUGCCUGAAGUCUGUCUAGGCACCAAAAUCAUCACCGUGGUUUAUUUCUUAAAUUCGUCUUCUCUUAUUCAUUCACCAGAUACAGACAAAUUCUUCACCACAGCUCGAAACUACAUGAUCAAGGAGCACCGACGUUUCAUUGAAGACCUUCAGAGGCACGUCAAAUUGAGGGAAUUCGUUGUAAGCAGUGAUUCAUGUGAACUGAAGAAGGCCUACAACACGUGUGUUGAGGAAUUGUUGCAAUUCAGGCGGGAACACAUCAAGAUUGUGGAAAAAUUCAUCAUCGAACCCUCCUGCAAGUACUCAGCGAAUGUGGAGAGUCUGAAGUCAGUGGGAACUGGUGGAACAGGUGUGUUGGCUCAUCCGAAAGUUUAA